ACUAUGAGAGUUAGGUGAAAACAGGGACGAUAUGGACGAUAUUCGUGGCGGAAAUGUUUUGUAUUAAUCUAACAGCCUUCGGAUUUAAAAUAGCACCUCAACGGGCAUUAAGGAAGGAUGAAUCAGUGUGAAGAGGAUGCACAGACACACACCUGAGCCCUAUGUAAAGAUCUGAGGAGGAGAUGAUACCAGAGCCCACAGCUACGGCUGCAUCCAGAGCCUCAGCGCAGACUAGGAACUCUCAUGAUGAGGCAAACUCCUCCGGGCCUGUCAAUCACUCAGAGGAUGAGUCGGGGAAUGAGAACAGACAAAAGAGUGUGAGACGAAGAAAAAGACCGCACGAGGGCUCAGAGAAUGUCAAGCGCAAAAGUGCCAAAGCCAGUCGCAGCAGUGUUAGCAGAGCAGGAGGCAGCCGCGGUAAACAGCGGCAUGUGGAGGCCGUCACCCUGUUCGAAGUGGUCACCAUGGGCAGGAGUGCAAUGCAGGCGGUGAUUGAUGACUGGAUCGAGGCUUAUGUGACGGACAGAGACUCUUCUCUGCUCGAUCUCAUCAGCUUCUUCAUCCAAUGCUCUGGGUGUAAAGGUGUGGUCACAGCGGAGAUGUGUCAGAGUAAAGAGGACAGUGAAGUCAUGAGUAAGAUGGUGGAGGAGCUGGAUGAGGUCUCUGGUCUGCAGUAUAAGAAGUUUCUGGCCUUUCCGUGGAUCCUCACAGUCACGUGGCCCAUGGACACAGAUAGUGUGGAGUAUCCUCUGAUACAAUCUGGACCGUACGGACGCUGGUUCCACUCUGAGUUCUGUGACUUUGUGUCCGUGCUGGUGGCUCAGUGUCAGCACAGUGUCAUAUUUGACAGUUAUCUGAUGAACUCCCUCAUCUCACUGCUCACCGAGCUGUCGGACUCUUACGUACGGGCUUUCAGACACACCUGCACGCUAGCAGCGGUGAAGCUGCUGAGCUCUCUGGUGGCCGUGGCUCUGAGCCUGAGCGUCGGAAUUGAAAACAGUCAGAAACUGCACGAGGUGCAGAAGACGAAGACGAGACAGAAAAGCACACUGCAACAGGAGAGAAUACAGAAGAAGAUCACAGAGCUGCAAGAGAAGAGGGCGGAGCUAGAGAGCAUGAUGGACAUCAUCUUCAAAGGAAUUUUUCUAAAAAGAUAUCGCGAUGUGCUUCCAGAAAUCCGCUCUAUCUGUAUGGAGGAGUUGGGUUUGUGGAUGAAGCUCUACAGUUCUGCAUUUCUCACUGACAGCUACCUCAAAUACAUGGGCUGGAUGAUGCACGACAAGAUGCCAGAUGUGCGUCUGAAGUGUGUGUUAGGUCUGCAGGGUUUGUAUGGAGAUCCUCCACUCCUCCCUAAACUGGACCUGUUCACCAGCCGCUUCAAGGAGCGGAUGAUCUCCAUGACUCUGGAUAAGGACAAUGAAGUCGCAGUGCAGACCAUGAAACUGCUGCUUCUUAUCUCCAAAACAUCUGAUGAUGUGCUCAGUACAAAGGACUACAAGCAGCUGCUCCAGUUUGUUUACUCUUCGCAGCGCCCUUUAGCGGCCACUGCAGGGGAGCUACUCUUCUCACGGCUUCUCAACACUGUAGCCCCUGCCUCUGAUACUCAGGAUGAAAUAAGUGAGGCGGAGGCACAUAAACAACAAACCUCUGCCAGACUGAAGGCUCUGCUGCAGUUCUACCAGGAGUCUGAGCUGCACAAGCAUGUGGUGUACCUAGUGGACAGUCUGUGGGACUGUGGUGGAGCCCUGCUGAAGGACUGGCACACGCUCACAUCUAUACUGCUGCAGGACUCUUCCUCACACAGUCCAGGUCUUACUCAGGCAGAACAAGCAGUGCUUGUAGAGAUCCUGGUAGCGUCGGUGCGUCAGGCUGCAGAGGGCCCAGCGCUGGCAGGAAGGAGUGGAGCCAAGAAGGUAAUGAAUGCCAGAGAAAAGAAAAUUCAGCUUGAUGACUGUACUAAGCUCACUGAUCAUCUCCUUGUGGUGCUUCCUAAGUUACUGUCCAAGUUUUCAGGUAGUUGUGACAUUGUUGCUUCCCUGAUGAAGAUUCCUCAGUACUUCCUCUCGGAGUGUCCUGAGGCUGACCACACACAGGCUGUAUCUGGCCUGACGGCAGAGAUGGGGGCUGUUUUGGACCGCCACUCGGGCCCCCCUGUUCUGGAGGCUGCAGCCCGUACGUUCCUCAGUCUGUGUGGGGAGGAGACGGCCUGGUGCUCCGUGGCCCGGGCCGCCAGAGACACUCUGGUCCAGCGCUGGGUGGAUCGACUGACCGCACUGCUGGGGGACACCGUAUCACUUAAGGUGAUAAAAGCAUUAGGUGAGAGUCAGAGUUUCUCUGCUGACGAGGAGAAAACUGGAGAGAUUUUAGCUGCACUGAAGAAACUCCGAGCUUUCCACAACUGUCAUGACCUCCUCAAGUGGAACGUGUUUGAGCUGUUGUCUCCUCUCCUGUCAGUGGAGAGCAGCGAGGGAGGAGCCCCGCCUGAGGUGCUGCUGGAGGUGCUGCAGUGUCUGUGUUACUGCAUGCUCUGGUCUCUCAACACCAGUACUGAAACGUUAACCUCCAGAGAGAAAGCUGUGGCCCAGAGACUCCAGCUGCGUCUCUUCUGUGAGAGGGGUAAUCGAUGUCUCUCCCACUCUGACCACAGCGUGCGGCAGCAGGCUUUUCUGGGUGUCUGUGACGUUCUGACGGCUCAUUCCUACCAGCUACAGGUGUGGGAUCCCUCCUCCUUUGGUCCGCUGCUCUACACUCCCAGUCCCAAACUGCAGAGGGCGCUGUUGACCUUUGUGUGCAUGCACGUCUUUGUUGGACCGGACUGCGACAGCCAGAGCAGCGUCCGUGAAAACUCUGAAGUGGAGAGGCUGGAGGACCUUCACAAACGAAGAAAUCUGCUGGCGGCCUUCUGCAAACUGAUAGUGCAUGGAGUGCUGGAGAUGAGCAUGGCAGCUGAGGUCUUCAUGUACUAUGUGAAGUACUAUAACGACUUCGGAGACAUCAUCAAGGAGAUGAUGUACAGGACCAGACAGAUGGAUAGAAUAGAGAGUGCUCGGACACUGGUGCUCUGUUUGCAGCAGCUGUUUGUCCGUCUGAAGCAAGAGCAGGAGAGCGGCGGUAGGGCUCACCCAGGGGUCCAGACCUUCACCUGCAUCAAAGAGCUCGCCAGGCGGUUCGCCCUCACCUUCGGGGACCUCGUCAAGUUUCGCGAGUGUGUCGUCAUGAUCCACAGGAACGGCAUAGAGUUUGUGUUCCAAGAGUUUAGUCAGACCCCAGAAACACCUACGCCACCGUACCUCUCCUACCUGACCAUCCUCAGUGAGUUCUCCGGCAAACUCCUCAAACCGGACAAGAAAACAGUGUUCUCCUACCUGCAGAAGCACACCGCAGAGCACGUCAUUGACCUCAGGGAGGAGAGCUGGCAGCCACUCAUCUACUACCGGGCUUCUCUGUUGGCUGCGGCUGAAGGAGAAGACGCUGUGUCCUACGUUAGCUCCGACAGAAAGCUGUACCCGCCCAAUCGCUCUCCCUUCUCCAAACAAAAACUAGAAGGAAGCAAGUCCCCCUGCGCGUUCAGCCCUGUCGAUUCCAAGGCUAGUAAAGUUCACAGGUCCAGCUUCAGUUCAAGCAAUCAGGAAAGGACGGCUGACGUGGAUCCCUUUUCUGUCCCAGUGGAACCUCCUGCAAAAAGCCUGAACAUCGAGGGAUCUGUCCUCAGCGCCGGAAACGAGGCGGAUGAUGACACUGUGGAAGUUGAACUGUAACAAUUAGGAAGUUGUAGGAGAAUCGGUGCUUCGUUUUCCUUUUUUUUUUUUUUUUUUUUUUUGUCUUCUCUUUGCUGAUGUGCAGACUUCCCAGCGUCCAUUUUUGCAGUACAUAAUGUUUUGUAUGAGGACAUAGUUUUAAAGGAUAACUCUGCGAUAUUACAUUUUUUUCUCAUUGUCAACAAAUCCCAUGAAAAACAAAAAACCACAAAGAAUUUAUCUUACUAUUACUUGUGCAGCUAAAGCCUGAUACAUCUUAUUCGUCUGUGCCAUAAACUUCAGUUGUUGCCCAAAAAAGUUAAAAACACAUCAAAGAUCCACACUGUUGCACUAAAUCAGCUGUUCUCCAUCUUUUGGUACCCCGUCAUAUAUGUCCCUUGGAAUAAUUUGACGUUGCCUAUUUUCUUUUACACUUCUAUGUCUUAGUUCUGUGAAAGAACACAAGAGAAAUGUAUUAGAAAGAUAUUAGCCAUGUAUUAAUAAUAUCAUAAUAAUAACAUACAGAUUAAGAGUUAUGUAUUUGUUAGAUUAAAAUGUAAUCUAUAAACUAUUAUAGAUUUAAAAAUAAAAACAUUUGUUGACCUAUGAAGCUUUUAGUGGAAAAAAAAGUAAUACAAAUUUAUAUAUUGUGAUCAUUUCAAUGAAUGGAAUCUGAAAGCUUUUCACAGACCCCUGGGGGUGCCCGUACCUCACUGGACUGAAUGAUGUUAUCCUACAUUACAAAGAACAUGGGAACUGUAGUUUACUAGAUCACCAAAUUAUGUAUUAAUCCACAGAUAAAGAGUGCCCAACCUUUUACUCCCAAAUAACACUCCGGAGUAACACAAAACUAAAGUUCCCAGCUGUUUAAGUAAAUUACUGAGCCGAUUUAAAACAAAACAAACUAUUUAGUUGUGAUCAGUUUUUAAAGAUUUAACAUUUUCAGUAGAAACUAAUUGAGAUUAGGGUCUUUUCAUGGGAUUUGUUAAAAGGGAGAAAUAUAUAGAAUAACAAUAGUCUUACUCUUUAAACAAUGUCUAAGCUCAAGUAUAUUUUAUUCACAGACCAAGUAAAUCAGUAUGUGUAAAGCUUUUUUUCCCCGUAUACACUACAAUCUGCAAUAUACUUGAAUGUUACAAGUAACACUAAAUGAUCUAGCUUUAAAUUUCACAUUUGGAUUACACUCCGGUCCAAGAUUUGUAUGUACAUUGAGAAUUUUGCUUAAUUGUCCUGCCUGCCACUUUAGUAUUGCUCCUUAUUGCCAAAAACUACUCAUGUAUUGCUGUAAAUCAAUUUAAAUUAAUAAAUAAGCCAUCAUUUUUCCAAGCUGUAA